UAAAAGAAAAGGAACAAUCGAUUACGUUUGUAGUAUACCGGUCUUCUGAAAUUGGUACAAAGUUAUAUUAGUUUUUUUGAUUACAUUUUUUUCAGAACGUUGUAUUUGCAUUAGUUCGUAUUGGAUGUCAUGUCACUGCUUUUCAUUAACACAACUUCUCUAUUCGUAAGAAAACCUCUCGUUGAAAUUGGAACUCGUCUUUUAUCUUCCAUGGCUCAAGCGUUGCAAACUCAUGGUGUCGUACCCGACGUUAUAGAUAAGGUUCCAGAAAAUAUUUUAAAGGUUACUUAUCCGAAUCAAAUUUCCGUUGAUAUUGGCAAAGUGUUAACACCAACUCAGGUUAAAGAUAAACCUAAUGUUACAUGGGAUGGUGAUACGAAUACUUAUUAUACUCUUUGCAUGACUGAUCCAGAUGCACCAAGUCGUAAAAAUCCAAAAUUCCGUGAAUGGCAUCAUUGGCUAAUAGGAAAUAUCCCUGGUUCGGAAAUUGCCAAAGGAGAUGUCCUUUCUGAUUAUAUUGGUUCAGGUCCACCAAAAGACACAGGACUUCAUCGUUAUGUGUUUCUGUUAUAUAAACAACCUGGAAAACUUACGUUCGAUGAACGUCGUCUAACUAAUCGAAGCGGACAGAAUCGUGGAAAUUUUUCCAUUCGAAAAUUCGCUACAAAAUACAAAUUAGGUGAUCCUAUUGCAGCAAAUAUGUAUCAGGCGGAAUUCGAUGAUUAUGUUCCGCUUCUCUACAAGCAACUUGAAGGCUAAAAAUAUUUAUAUAUAGAUUCUUAAAUAUCAGUACGCAACAAAAAUAUCAUAUUAUAUUUUAUAUUAAACGAUUGUGAACGUUUAUGUAGUACCAAUUUCUUUUCUUAUUAUCCUAAUAUAAUGCUUGUAUACAUAUAUGCAUUUACAAUGCAGGAAAAUAAAUGAAAUAAUAAUGUA